AUGGGGUUGCUGCCCCUGGCUGGCAGCGGUGCCUUGGGCAUCAACAAGACGAGAUUCAAAGGGCAAGAGGCUGGGAUGUGCCCGGCGAAGCACGCGGUGUGCGGUCCCUGCGCCGCGAACCACGGCAACAAGUGCCCGGCGUGCGACGACGCGUACGAGCGCGACGACGCGGCCGACCGCUACCUCCUGGCGGUAAGGGUGCCCUGCCCCAACCAGGCGUACGGCUGCGGUAGCUCCGUGGUGUACUGCAUGGCGGGCGACCACCGGCUGGUGUGCCCGCACGCGCCGUGCCGCUGCCCCGAGCCCGGAUGCGGCUUCCUUGGCGCCCCGCCCGCGCUCCGCGGCCACCUCGCCGAGCGCCACCAGUGGCAAGUGACCGGCAUCGCCUACGGGUCCGUGCUCGAGGUCCAGAUGCAGGCGCUGGAGCAGGGGCGGCGGCUGCUGGCCGCGGAGGGCGGGGAGCAGCUGUUCCUGCUCGUGGCAAGCGAGCGCGGCGUCAAGGUGGUGCGCGUGAGCGCGGCCGCGGACGAGGAAGGGCCGGCGGCGGCGUGGUACAGGUGCAAGGUGUGGGUGCACGCGCCCGUGGACACGGCCACCGGCCACAUGGACGUCGUGAUGCUGGACGCCAAGGUGGGGAGCUGCGCGGUGCCUUCCGAGGAGGCGGCCAUGGGCGCCGGUGGCAGCUACCUGCCGGUGCCGUCCGACGUGCCGGCGCCGGAAGGAGGAGGGAUCGUUAUCCGUCUCCGCAUCGACAAGGAGGUGAAGGCGAGCAGGAGCCCCCGUCCCCGUGGCUGA